AUGGCGGCUGCGAGGCCAAGGGGAAGCGGCUAUAGCCUGGCGCGGCUAGCCGCUGGGGUGGCCGCGGGCCCGCGGCGGCCGCGGCACCGGCGGCGUUCCGGCGAGGUAGCGGUUCCGCGAGGCAAAUGGAGCGGUAGAGGAUGGACAGGAGCUUACCAUGGUUCGAGCGUGGGCGACGAUGGGAUCAGAGACGGCCCGAGCAGUGAUGGCCACGGGAGCAGCGGGUAUGGCGGCCACGGCGUUCACGAGGCUCUGGUGGAGCUCAGAGCACGCGGGAAUGACGGUGAAGCUGGCAGCAGUGUGGGAGUGGAUCAGGAAGGGCGGGAUGGCGGGUGGCGGCGCCGCGAGCUGGGCGUCGCCGGCAAUGGCGUCUGUGCGCUCGCCGUUCGCGAUGACCUUGGUCGGAGAAACGCUACGAGAGCGCGCAGGCAGAGGAGGGGAUUCAGCAUGGGUGACUGGAUGAAGCACCAGCAGGCGCCCGCCAUGUCUCUCUACGAGAUGGUAAACGGCAAAGACAUGUUUGAGUCUAUACAAGACGAUGCCACGACCAGAGCCGGCUUCUACGAGUGCAUGGAUGCCGAUACCCGCCUCGUCAUGCACGCCGUGGUCAGCGAGAGCCCUGCCAUGUUCCAUGGCCUCACGUCGCUUGUCGAUGUCGGGGGCGCCGUGGCACAGCCGCGGCUGCCAUCGCCAGCGCCUUCCCACACAUCAACUGCACCGUCAUGGACCGACCUCAUGUUGUCGCCGAGGCUCCUACCGGCACCGGACUGA